AUGUUGAAGCGUAGCAUCAAGGAGGCUGUGGAUGUCAUUCGCACAUUGUACACCACUCUAGCUUAUCGGGCACCUGAAAUGGUCGACCUCUACUCGGGUGUUGCAAUAGGACCUCCAGUCGACAUUUGGGCAUUGGGGUGCAUUCUCUACGCCCUCUGUUUCUUUGCUCUUCCUUUUGGCUCGGGUUCCGCCUUGGCCAUUCAGACCGGUCGGUACACCGUACCUGCAUCAGCUUCCACCUCCUACUCUUCUCGACUACUCAAACUAAUGCGUGAGUUGUCAAUAGUCUACUGCUUCUCUGAGUUGUUGGUGAACACUGAGACCCUUCAGUGGAAACUUUUCAAUGUAUUUGCUUUUUUAAAAAUGCUCAAAACUGAGUACCGUGUUGAUAUUGCAGAUUACAUGUUGACAAUUUCGGGAGUAGAGCGGCCAGACAUCUAUCAGGUCUCUUUUCUCGCAUUUUCCCUUCUUGGACGACCAAAUCCGGUGCCAAAUGUCAAUUCCACGAAGGCACCCGAUUGGCAAAGUCUUUCCCUGCCGAAUACCGAUAUUGUGAAUACCUCUUCCAAGUCCUCCUCAGUUUCUUACCCCACUUCCUCUUCUACCGUUGGAGUCAACUUAGAAGGCUCGCAUAGAGCCAACUUGCUUGUCUCAUUCUGUAGGCAGUUUACCGAGGUUUUGAAUGCCUCCACAACCUCUACCUCGACGCUACCGGAGCCAUCAAUGACUAUACCUAUUAAGACGACUACAGUCUCCCCAUCUAUUGCACGGCAACGGCCGCGGGCUGUCGUAAACCCAACCUCAACGGCGGCGAUUAAUGCCAUUGCUAAACCUCCCAACCCUCCGCGUUCAUCCACCGCUUUUCAGAAUUCCAUUCACUUGACGAACAUUUUGAAAUCACCGCAGCAGCAAUCUGGUGUUAUUGCGUCCACCAAAGCCUCACCCCCACAUAGGGUCGGUCAUCGGCGAGGCUUGAGUGAAGCGUCAGCGCUGCUGUUGAAUGCCUCCAACGUUCGACAAACCCACAGUCUAGGUGACCUGCAACCUAAUUUCAACACGAUGAAUGCGAAGUCUGCCACUCUCGGGGCUAGGAUUAUUCACACUGUCGCCGACGAUAUCGAUGGAGAUCUUUUCGGUGCGGCAUUUGAUGCAAUUCGAAACCAAAGUGCAGCUGCGAAUAAGGUGAGAGUUGUGGUCCUUUUGGAGAGUCACCUUGAGGACCUUUUGAGUCGAACUUACUCAUCCCUUUCCACACUUCAGCAACGCAAUGACAUAGGGAGAAAUAGGAUGAAUUUUGGUCAGCUAAAGGACGAGCCUAAGUGA